CUGUCAAUAACCGAACAGAGGCGAAAAUGACCGAAGCGCGACUCGGGAGAGCAGCGCAGCUGACACUGGUGAAACAUGGCGGCCAAGGCGCUUCGGCAUCGAGCCAGACGAGGCAGCAAACAAGAUGGAAACAACGUGAACGUCCCAGCCGAAGCCCGGCCGACGAAAGAAGAGAAAGCCAGCGAUGAAAGCAAAAUAACAGAGACCCGGCAAGAGCCAAUAAGUCGCGGAGGGCAGGUAUGGGCUCCAGAAGGGUCAACGGCAUUUAAAUGUCUUCUCUCUGCACGCUUUUGUGCUGCUUUGCUCAGCAACAUCUCAGACUGUGACGAGACGUUUAACUACUGGGAGCCUAUGCACUUCCUCUUGUAUGGGACAGGAAUGCAAACAUGGGAAUAUUCCCCAUUGUACGCCAUCAGGUCCUACGCUUACUUAUGGCUGCAUGCGCUCCCUGCUUGUUUGCACGCCCAUGUUCUACAGACUAACAAGGUGUUGGUGUUCUACUUUGUACGAUGUGUGUUAGCGUUCUGCUGCUGUGCCUGUGAACUCUAUUUUUACAAGGCAGUUUGUAAGAAGUUUGGUUUGCAUGUGGGGCGACUGAUGUUGGCAUUCCUUGUCCUGAGCACGGGGAUGUUCUGCUCCUCUGCAGCUUUUUUACCUUCCUCUUUCUGCAUGUACACAACCCUGAUUGCCAUGACGGGGUGGUUUCAGGACUCAAUACCGUUAGCUAUUAUGGGCGUGGCUGCCGGUGGAAUUAUCGGAUGGCCAUUUUCUGCCUUAAUUGGGUUUCCAGUCGCGUUCGACCUGCUGGUGAUAAAGAGAGAGUGGAAAAGUUUCCUCAUCUGGUUCGCUCUCGCCUUGCUUCUGCUGCUGGUUCCUCUGGUGGCUGUGGACUCCUUCUUUUAUGGCAAACUUGUGAUUGCUCCACUCAAUAUCCUGCUUUACAAUGUCUUUACAGAACAUGGGCCUGAUCUUUAUGGUACAGAGCCGUGGCAUUUUUACUUUGUUAAUGGGGUCCUGAACUUUAACCUGGUGUUUGUUCUGGCGCUGUUUUCCCUGCCGCUCACCGCUCUAAUGGAGACGCUGUUGCACAGGUUCAAUGUUCAGAACCUGGGCCGCCCAUACUGGCUAACUCUUUCUCCCAUGUAUCUGUGGAUGUUGGUUUUCUUCACUAGACCCCAUAAAGAAGAACGCUUUCUCUUUCCCAUUUACCCUCUCAUCUGCCUCAGUGGGGCAGUAGCGCUCUCUUCUUUACAGAAAUGCUACCACUUCCUGUUCCAGCGAUACCGACUGGAGCACUACACAGUUUCCUCCAACUGGCUGGCUUUAAGCACUGUUGUUGCCUUCGCCGUUCUGUCACUGUCUCGCUCUGUUGCCCUCUUCAGAGGCUACCAUGCUCCUCUGGACCUGUAUCCAGAAUUUCACCGUAUCGCCAAAGAUCCAACGCUACACCCAGUCCCUGAUGGCAGACCGGUCAGUGUGUGUGUUGGAAAAGAGUGGUACCGCUUCCCAAGUAGCUUCCUUCUGCCUCACAACUGGCAGCUGCAUUUCAUACGGUCUGAGUUUAAGGGGCAGCUUCCUCAGCCCUAUGCCUCUGGGCCUAAGGCCACACAGCUCAUUCCAGCCAAUAUGAACGACCAGAACCUGGAGGAGCCAUCCAGAUAUGUAGAUAUAAAACAGUGCCACUACGUUGUGGACUUGGAGACGGAUGAGGAAACACCACUUGAGCCUCGUUACUCAACCAGUAAAGAAGAGUGGACAGUUAUUGCUUAUAAGCCUUUCCUUCUAGCUACAAGAUCCUCUCCUCUCUUCAGAGCCUUCUACAUCCCGUUCAUAUCGGACCAUCACACCACCUACAGGCGCUACGUCAUCUUGAAAGCACGGCGGCAAAAGCAGCCUCGUAAGCGGGCCCACGGCUGACAUUUGGACUUCAUCCUUCCCCCCACCGCAUACAAGAUAAACAAAACCCUAAAUAGGAGUCAUUACAUCUGCUCAUAGGUGCCGGUUCAUGUGUUAGUGUGCAUGUGAUUUGCCUCAUGAAAUGUGUGAAUUAGCAGACCCUUUAAAGACGUUAUGUCUGCUUUGGGGUGGACUGAUUGUGAGAAAGUGCUGUGUAUGGAGAUGUGAUUUCCAAUCAUCAACUGGGCUUUUUUUUUACUUUUUGUGUCUGUUUUCAUAUUGUCUUAAAGGCAUAAGCAAAAACAGGAUUUUACACUAAAUCAAUCUCUGAGGCCACGGCACAAUAAAUCCAAGUGUUUUUUUUUAUGCUCUACUUGAAAAUGUGGCGUGAAUUGAAGAGUUCCUCUGAAUGUUUGAUCAAAGAAAUGUAACGUCUGCUUGUCUGGAAACAAUAAAUAAGUGGUGGCGGAGUGUGAGAGUGUGUUCUUAACAGGGUUCCUACUCAGUCUUGAGCUUUUUUUGAUUAAAUAGUUUUUUUUAGUCCUAUUUUCCUUCCAUCAUUUAUGCCUACGGCCUUUUCCCUUGCUACCAUGUUUUUGUCCUUCCUUCCUUGCAGUGUCUUGUGUUUGCAGGUUACGUCUUUAAAGCGCGCUCACAGCAGACACAUCUGCCAUAAACUCUUGGUAAAGUUUUGCUGUUGCUUUUUAAAGCUAGGCCAAAAAUGUAGAGAUGUAAGCCUGGAAAAGUAUUGAAUUCUGAAAUGAAAAAUGUGUAGGAACCCUGUGUUAAUUUAACUUAUGAAUAAAUUCAUGAUUGACUGUG